AUGAUCAGACAGCUGGCUCCGGGGAUGGUGCAGCAGAUGCAGUCUGUCUGCUCUGACUGCAAUGGGGAAGGGGAAGUAAUUAAUGAAAAAGAUCGCUGUAAAAAAUGUGAGGGCAAAAAAAGUCAUCAAAGAAGUGAAAAUCCUAGAGGUUCACGUGGACAAAGGCAUGAAACACGGACAGAGAAUCACAUUCACUGGAGAGGCAGACCAGGCCCCAGGAGUGGAACCCGGAGACAUUGUGCUUGUGCUUCAAGAGAAAGAACACGAGAGCUUUCAGCGAGAUGGGAAACGACCUGCAUAUGACACACAAGAUCGGCCUGGUUGAAGCAUUGUGCGGAUUCCAGUUCGCUUUCAAGCACCUUGAUGCCCGUCAGAUUGUUGUCAAAUAUCCUCCUGGAAAAGUGAUCGAGCCUGGCUCUGUACGCGUUGUCAGAGGCGAAGGAAUGCCACAGUAUCGUAAUCCCUUUGAAAAAGGAGACCUGUAUAUUAAGUUUGAUGUCCAGUUCCCAGAAAACAACUGGAUCAACCCAGAGAAACUAUCUGAACUUGAAGACCUCCUCCCUGCCAGACCUGAAUCCUCCACAAUCACCUCCGAUGCAGAGGAAGUAGACCUUCAAGAAUUUGACAGCACCCGUGGCUCCGGAGGUGGACAGAGACGCGAGGCCUACAAUGAUAGUUCAGAUGAAGAAAGCAGCCACCAUGGGCCAGGAGUACAGUGCGCGCACCAGUAA